UGCAUCGGGUUUAGUUUGAAUAUAUAACAUUUCGUAGAGUUUUUAGUUCACAUAAAGAUAAAUAUCGGUUUUCCAUUGCAAUUUUGAGUUAAAUCUCUCCUCCUCCCCGGCAGGGGGCGCUGCUGCUUAGUAUGAUUUUUGUUGACCGGAUAAACAGGAAGUUAUUUUUCUUCCUGCUAGCCGGAGAAUGGAUGUUUCCAUCAGGAUGUCUCUAAUAGAAACCCCGCCGCGCUGCGAUCUCCGAGCUUUGGCUGAGUCGGUAUCGGAGCUGCUGACCAGAGUCGGGGAGGAAGUUCUGGGUGAGUUGGAGAAGCUGGACAGAGGGUCACGCAAGUCGUCUGGAGCUUCGGCUAGGCUCUUCCAGCCGCUGCGGCAGCUUCUUACUGAGCGAAUAGCAACAGUAGGUCAAAGAAUCAUGGGGCUUCUGGAGCAGGAGGUGGAGGAGUACCGGCGGCGGUUGGAGUGGCAGAGCCGGCUGCUGGAGGCCGUGCUGAGCCCGGUGGUUCGACUGAAUCGGACAGAUUCUGUCAACGCUUCUGCUCUCAAGACAACCACUGUCCCCUCACCUGUCCUCUCAGACUUCACUCACCUUCCGUCUGAUUCACCCGACUCGUCCUCCUCAGACGUUACUGCUGGUGAAAGCGAUGAAGACUGGGGAGAAAGCGAAACAUCUGAAAAUGAAGAGGCAGAAAUAACAGAGGACAUAGAUCAGGCAUCAUUGGUUAAACCUGAAAAUCACCUAUGUGUUAUCUGUAAAAAAUCCUUCCGACACAAAGAAAACCUUGUGAAACACAUGGAAACACACUCAGACCCCCAGGAUUAUCUCUGUGGAGUCUGUGGGCAACGCUUGGAGUCUUCUGAAGGCUUGUCCAACCACCUCAGGUCUCACAGAGAAGCCGUUAACAAAAGUGGGACCUGCGAGAUCUGUGGAAAGACAUUUCAGAAUAUGGAAACACACAUAAGGAGCCACACCGGAGUCAAACCGUUCAGCUGUGACUUCUGUGGAAAGAGAUUCCCCCGAUCUGGAGCGCUCAGGAGGCACAAGAAGAUCCACAGCAGAAAGGAGCCGGACACCUGCCACAUCUGUGGGAUGACGUUUGACAAGAUUCAGCUCCUCAAGAAGCACCUGAAGACACACAAGGGCAGUUAUGAAGAUCAGAGCAAAGGGGGUGAUGUAAAAGAGGAUGAUGAGGUACUGGAUCAAAAGGUAAACACUGGAUCAGCCAUAGCUGAGAAGUCAGUCUCAUUCCGCUGCGAAGCCUGCGGUGAUUCCUUUUACAGUCGAGGCUUCCUGAGAAAACACGCGGCGACGCACUGCAACGACUCCAAAAGCAUCUGUGGAGUUUGUGGAGAGCGACUGGACUCACCUGGAAGUCUGCUGACUCACCUGCAGUCUCACAAAGAGACAGGAGGAACCUGCAGCCUCUGUGGGAAGAGUUUUCGGAACAUGAAAAUGCACAUGCGGAGGCACACGGGUUUCAAACCAUACCGCUGCACCGUCUGCAGCAAACGCUUCCCCAGACCUGGAUCUCUGAGGCGGCACAAGAAGAUCCACAGCGGUGGGUGUCCACAUACCUGCCGGCAGUGCGGCAAGGCCUUCAAUGAGAGAAGCGCAUUAAAGGCUCACGUUAGGAGUCACUUAACGGAGAUCCGUGAGACAAGUGAUGUGGAGUCUCAAGAGGAUGUUCAAAACCUGAACCCGGAGACACUGAACACCAAGUCAUGCGUGUCGUUGAGCUGUAAGGUUUGUGGGGAGACUUUUCAGACUAAAGGCAGUUUAAGGAAACAUGCCCGGGCUCACGCUGCAGAGUCGACCUGUGGAGUCUGUGGUGAGACGUUGCUGCCAUCUGAGACACUCACUGAUCAUCUGCAGACCCACAGAGAAUUAGGAAAGAUCUGUCACAUAUGUGGCAAAACCUACCAGAACAUCCAGACCCACAUGAGGAGUCACACCGGAAUCAAACCGUAUCACUGCAGCGUGUGUGGUAAGUCCUUCCCGAGGCCUGGGGCCCUGCGGCGCCACAAGAGGAUCCACAACGGGGAGCGCCCAUACAUCUGCGAAUUUUGUGGGAAGAUGUACACUGACAACAGUUCUCUAACAACACACAUUAGGAACCACACUGGAAAGAAACCUGCAAACCGAGUCUCAUGUGAGAUCUGCGGGAAGAGUUUAGCCUCAGCCCAAAUCCUGGAGGUCCAUAAGAGGAUCCACACGGGCGAGAAGUCCUUCCUCUGUCGCAUCUGUGGGAAAGCCUUCAGGCAACUGGGAGGGCUUAACGCCCAUAUGCUGACACACACUGGGCAGAAGCCGUUCAGCUGCAACCUCUGCAGCAAGAGUUUCAGCACCAAAGGCUACCUGGAGACUCACAUCCGCUUUCACAAGAAGGAGCGGCCAUUCGGCUGCCAUCUGUGCUGGAAGGCCUUCGUCACCAAGUCCGACCUGAAAAAACACCUGCUGACGCACACUGGAGAUAAACCGUACAGCUGCACGGUGUGUGGCAAAAGCUACCAGGAAAAACGCUCCAGGGAUGUCCACAUGAAGGUGCACCAGGAGGUCCAGAGCAACAGGGAGCCAAUCAGGAGGCAGGAGAGCAGGCAGCCUGAUUUCAUCCAGCUGUAGAACCAGUUUGUACUGGUUUUACAAACAUGUGAACAAAAAUUAUUUCAUAUAUACAUAUAUAUAUAUGUAUAUGUGUAUAUAUAUGUACACAUGUAUAUACACACACAGACACACACACACACACAUACAUAUAUAUAUACACACACACAUAUAUGUGUGUGUGUGUAUAUAUA